GCGGCGGCGGCGGCGGCCGCGCUCUCGGACGCGGAGGCGUCUGACAUCGCGCGGCGGCAGAUGCUGUCCCUGCGCGAGGGCAACGGCGAGCUCCCCGACGACUUCGAGUUCGACAUCCGCGUCGACGUCACCUUCGCCAACGAGCGCCUCCGCCGCGCGUACGCCGCGCUCCAGGCCUGGCGCCGUGCCAUCUACUCCGACCCGAAGAACUUCACCGGCGGCUGGGCCGGCGCCGACGUGUGCUCCUACUUCGGUGUCACGUGCGCCCAGGCCCUCGACGACCCCAGGACCACCGUCGUCGCCGGCGUCGACCUCAACGGCGGCGACAUCGCGGGGUACCUCCCCGCCGAGCUCGGCCUCAUGACCGACCUCGCCUUCUUCCACAUCAACUCCAACCGCUUCUGCGGCAUCAUCCCCAAGAGCUUCAGCCGCCUCGCCCUCCUCCACGAGCUCGACGUCAGCAACAACCGCUUCGUCGGCGCCUUCCCCGGCGUCGUGCUGCAGAUCCCCGUGCUCAAGUACCUUGACCUCCGGUUCAAUGACUUCGACGGCGCCCUCCCGCCGGAGCUCUUCGACAAGGACCUCGACGCCAUCUUCGUCAACAGCAACCGCUUCGCCGGCGCCAUCCCGGAGAGCCUCGGCAACUCCACGGCCACCGUGGUGGUGCUCGCCAACAACGCCUUCGUCGGCUGCAUCCCUCGCAGCGUCGGCCGCAUGGCCGGCACGCUCGACGAGCUCGUCCUGCUCAACAACCGCCUCGACGGCUGCAUCCCGCCGGAGCUCGCCGGACUCGGCAACGCCACGGUGGUGGACGUCAGCAGGAACGCGCUCAUCGGCACGCUGCCCGAGGGGUUCGCCAACAUGACCAAGCUGGAGCAGCUCGACGUGUCGAGGAACCAGCUUGCCGGCUCCGUGCCGAAGGGUGCCUGCAAGCUCCCAGCGCUCGCCAACUUCAGCUUCGCGCACAACUUCUUCAGCGUCGAGCCGGCGGUGUGCGUGCCGGCGGCGGACAAGCCCGUGGCGCUCGACGACCGUGGCAACUGCCUCGGCGGCAGACGCCGGGAGCAGAAGCCGGCGCCGCUGUGCGCGCCCGUACUUGCGCACCCCGUCGACUGCCGCACCAACGUCUGCUCGGCUGGCCCCAACCCGCCAAAGCCAUCUUACACGCCAUCGCCCAAGAGGCAGACGCCAUCGACGCCCAAGCCGACGCCUGUGCCGAAGCCAAAAAUGCGGCCGCCGCCAGUAAAGUUACCGCCACCGCCGGUGCCAGUAAGGUCCCCACCACCACCAGUGAAGGUGAAAUCUCCUCCUCCGCCAGCUCCGAUGAGCUCGCCACCCCCACCUGUGAAAUCACCUCCACCGCCGGCUCCGGUGAGCUCGCCACCAUCACAAGUGAAGUCACCUCCUCCUCCAGCACCGGUUAGCUCGCCACCGCCACCAGUGAAAUCUCCUCCACCUCCGGCUCCGGUGAGAUCGCCGCCCCCACCCAUGAAGUCACCUCCGCCACCGGCUCCGGUGAGCUCGCCGCCGCCACCAGUCAAAUCUCCUCCACCUCCGGCACCUGUGAGCUCACCUCCACCACCAAUGAAAUCGCCACCUCCUCCAACUCCAGUGAGCUCGCCACCACCACCUGUAAAAUCACCUCCCCCGCCAGCUCCAGUGAGCUCGCCACCACCACCUGUAAAAUCACCUCCCCCGCCGGCUCCAGUGAGCUCGCCACCACCACCUGUAAAAUCACCUCCCCCACCGGCUCCAGUGAGCUCGCCUCCCCGACCUGUAAAAUCCCCUCCACCACCAGCUCCGGUAAGCUCCCCACCACCACCGCCGGUACAAUCACCGCCGCCACCAGCAUCGGUGAGUUCUCCACCUCCACUAAUCAAAUCACCACCUCCACCAGCUCCGGUAAGCUCUCCACCACCACCACCCGUGCAUUCCCCACCUCCACCAGCUCCCGUGAGCUCACCACCUCCGUCGGUAAAAUCUCCUCCUCCACCGGCACCAAUCAACUCCCCACCCCCGCCAGUAAAAUCUCCACCGCCGCCAGCCCCGGUGAGCUCACCGCCUCCACGAGUACUCCCACCACCGCCGCCACCGGCUCCAUCACCGCCUCCACCAUCACCGGAUAUCAUCCUGCCACCGAUCAUGUCGCAGAAGUACGCUUCGCCGCCGCCGCCUCAGUUCCAAGGAUACUAAGUGCCCAACUGACUCAUGGUGAGACAUGACCAGGACGGCGAGGCAGCAGCGACGAUCAGCUGAUCACAGCAUGCUCUGGUGCGUGAAUGAUGGGUACCUGCAUGCGUGGGUACAUGCGUGCGUGUGUAUAUGUGUAUGAGUAUAGGUAAUGUACGUAAGUACCCACACGUGUGCACUUGUAAUUAACUUGACCGGAGAAGAGGAAUUGAGCAAAACGGAGGGAACUAUGGUCACACCACGACGCAAUUGUAAGAAGUUUUUGGGAUUCUGAUCGAUGCAGAAUGGGAGAGACGCGGGUGUUUUU